UCGAUUUUACGUUGAAAUCAUAGAGGUUGAAACGCAACGAGAGAUUGAAAGUCACAUGACUCACCCAUGUGUAAAAGUCAACCAAUCACAGCGUUUGUUUGGGUUUUCGUGAUAUUCGUUACUUGGUUGCACAGCUCUUGGUGUAUUUGGAAAAGAUCAUAGCAGUCUUUUCAAAACUGAGAUCAAGAGAACUUAUUAUUAAUCAAAUGUCAACUCAUAAAAUAACAGCUGAGUUUUAUUUGCCUUCUCCAUUAAAAUGAGCAUGGCAUCGCACAGCGGAUUGUGUCGUGCACCACAACAGAGAUGUCCUGUGACUACUGCGCUGGAUGAAUCAUUCACCAGCUUCAACAUGAGCAGCAGUUGCAGUUCAGGAGAGUCCUUGAAGGAUGCAGGUUCAACAAUAAUCUCACAGAAAGAAGAUGUUAAGAAUUACAGUAAGAUGAAUCCUGCAGAAAAACUGUCACUUUGUGAGAGACGAGCUCAGUCCUUGGCUGAUAGUGAAGAGCAUGACCUCUGUAUCCAGGAGCUUGUGCGUUGCCUUGCACUGACCAGGCUGGUUUAUGGAAAUGAGCAUUUUGCAGUGGCCCAAGCCCAGUCAAGACUGGCUAAAGCCUAUUUGCAAUACAAAGGCUGGGCACAUCAGACACAAGAACAUGCGUCCCAAGCACUUGAAGUACUCAGCUCCAGCCAGCAGGAGGAGAGAGUGAGCUGCCUCAACUGCUUCCUUACCAUACAUCAGACUCUUGGAAGUGCUGCUCUAGUGCUUGGAAACUUAGCAGAGGCUGAGUCAAGCUUUCAGAAGGCAGAGAUAGUCAUGGGAGACAUUGUAGCACAUGAAGCCAUGGGAAAGGAGGACAGAGUGGACACUGAGUAUGAAAUAUUUACAAAUUUAGCAAGGGUGUACCAGCGGCAGGGAAGGCCUGAGAAGGCCCUCAGUCAAUGUGAAAGGGCCUUGGAGCUGCUUCAGGAAGGAGCUCAGCUCAGUCGGGUCUGCUUUGUUUACAGAAAUAUGGCAGCCAUUGAACAGGCACAGGGACAUCUGGAUAGAGCCAUUGAGUAUCUCCAACAGGCUCAUUCCAUUGCUCUUAGUCAGAAUCCCGGGGGUCUGGAAGGGGUCCAGAUCGCUCACAGCUUGGCUCUGGCCUAUUCUUCCACUUCAGAGCCUCAUCACAACGAUUCAGCUGCACACUUUUUUGAGGAAUGUAUAAGUGCAUAUAGAAGUGCACUAGGCCCACAGGACACACUCACCCUAUCUGCCCAAGAUGACUUCAGUCAUUUCCUCCUACUCUCGGGACAACAGGAGAGCUGCGCUGAGAUCCAAAGAGAGUCUCUGUCCCUUAAGAAGAGCACGUUUGGUGAACUGAGUGCAGAAGUGGCAGAAACGCUGCAGCUGAUUGGUGGAGUGGAGAUGACACAGGGUCACAUGAGACACGCCUACCGGACACUCAAGAAGUGUCUGGAUAUUCAAAUUAUGCUGUAUGGUCCACAGCACAAGAAAACCAAAGCCACAAAAAUAACCGUGGACAUGCUGUCUCAGUCACCAGAGGUCAAUGAGAGACGCAAGGAAAGUCGUCUUGAAACAAGGCCUCCAUUUUGUGCAGCGGUAUCAUCUGCAUCUGACAUCUAGUAUGUCUACCUCAAAACAGGGAAGGGAAAUCUGUGGAUUGGAAAAAGCAAGGCAGUGUUUCUAGAACAGCACACAAGCUCUAUUGUGUAUUUAGAGUGCUUGGCAAGGUGACUACCUCAGCACUUCAAAAAAUGAGAACAGUCCAGUAGUGAUCUAAUACACCGUCACAGUGGUUUCUGCAAUCACUCUUGACUGGUGAGCGGCAGGCCUCUCUGCAAAGAGUUUGAAUUCUUAUAUUAUUUCUGAAAAUUGAGCUGAACUCACAACUCUGUAAGGGUUUCUUUAAUGUGUUUGCAUGUUAACCAAUGUUUCAGACUAGUCUUUUUAAGAGUAAAACAGCACACAAAACACCCUUUUUGUGAAUUUUAAUUUCGCAAAAAUACAUCCCCAAACCAAUCUUUGCUAAGGCAGUAAAUCAUGUAUAGCAAACUGUAAAUCUGUAGGUUUCACAGUGAUGGUUGAGUCCUAAAAUCCUAUGCAUAGAUUCGAAUAAGCAACAGCAGGUUCUGAAACACCAUCUUAAGGGAUGCAGAUAAAUGGGUAAUAACGAUCCUUAAUAACUUAUGAUGUAUCUGUUAACACAGUGUUUCUCAACAUUUUUCUGUUAGCCUAAUGAGUAAGACUCAAACACCCCUUUGUCAACAUAACCCAGAAAUGGGAUUCUUUCAUCUUGUAUUAUACUGGAUAUUAUUUAAGUCA